UGGAAAGAGCAUCGGAAGAUGGGGAUCCAAGGGUUGCUUCCAUUGCUGAAGUCGAUCAUGGUUCCAAUCGCCAUCGAGGAGCUCCGGGGCCAGACUGUCGCCGUCGACACCUACUCGUGGCUCCACAAAGGUGCUCUCUCUUGCAGCAUGCAGCUCUGCAAGGGCCUCCCCACUUCCAAGCAUAUUGAUUAUUGCAUGCAUAGAGUGAAUCUGUUACGUCACCAUGGGGUCAAACCAAUUCUUGUAUUUGAUGGGGGUUUCCUACCGAUUAAGAUUGAUCAAGAAACCAAGCGUGCUAGGGUGAGGAAAGAAAACCUUGAACGUGCACUUGAGCAUGAGGCAACCGGAAAUUCUUCUGUUGCUUAUGAAUGCUACCAAAAAGCUGUUGAUAUCUCGCCUUCAAUUGCUUGGGAGCUGAUCCAGGUUUUGAAGAAGGAAAGAGUCAACUAUAUUGUGGCGCCCUAUGAGGCUGAUGCUCAGAUGACGUUUUUGUCCAUUAAUAAGCUUGUUGAUGCAGUCAUUACAGAGGACUCAGACUUAGUACCAUUUGGGUGUCACAGAAUUAUUUUCAAAAUGGACAAAUUUGGGCAAGGUGUUGAGUUUAAGAGUUCAAUGUUGGGAAAAAAUAAAGAGCUUGAUUUUACUGGUUUUACUAAAACUAUGUUACUUGAGAUGUGCAUUUUUAGUGGAUGUGACUACCUACAGUCAUUACCUGGUAUGGGUUUGAAACGGGCACAUGCACUUGUUCAAAAGUUCAAAAGUUAUGAAAAGGUUAUCAAACACUUGAGAUACAAUUCUGUAGCCGUUCCACCACACUAUGAGGAAACUUUUAAAAAAGCCAUGUGGGCAUUUAAACACCAAAGAGUUUAUGAUCCCGCAAAGAAGGAUAUUGUGCAUUUGUCAGACAUUCCUCAUGAUUUGACCCUUGACUUGGAGUUUUUAGGCCCGUGGCUUUCGCAAAGCUUGGUUCAAGGAAUAGCUAAAGGUGAUAUUGAUCCUUUGACAAAGGCACCAUUUCAGGAGAAUGAAGCAAGUGCUAACGUGGUUAGCAAAAACUACACAGAGAAAGAAUUUGUGCCUCCAAUUGGAAGAAAAAGACUUGAUUUGCCUGUACAAAAGAAUAUCUUGACAAAUUACUUCUGCUUAGCGUCAAUUGAAGCGAGGAGGAAAUUCAUAGCCCCGAAGACUAGAAUGCAAUCUUCCUCUGCUAGCAAUGAUGAUCACACAAACAGUGUACCUGAUUCAGCUAAAGAGGCUGUGACAAAAUUCAUAGUCCCAAAGACCAGACCCCAAUCCUCCUCUCCUAGCAAUAAUGAUCACACAAACGGCCUACCUGAUUCAGCUGAAGAGGCUGCUCCAUGUACGGCAACUUACUCCAAAAGUUCCAUGCCCAGUUCUGGGAAACUUAGCUAUCAUUCUUCAGAUGACUUGGUGGAUGAUUGGUCUUCAUUUAAAAGUAAUAAGCUUAUAGAUGUAUCUCCACAAGCUAGGUGUAAUAGUCCAGAACUUCCCUGCUCCUUGAUGGAAACCAAUAUUGAUCCUUCAGAAAUAGAUGAUGCUUGCAAUCCUACAGUAAAAACUGGGACAGUAACUGCAAGACCUAAAAUAAUUGUAAGGACUUCAAACUUCAAAACGAGGUUAAUUGGUAAAGAUGAUCAGAAUAAUCAAAAAAAGGGUCACCAAGCUGACACAGAAUAUGCAUGUGGAGUUCUGAAUAGUUGUCCACUGUCUAAAGGCGCCUUCAGCAGGAAUAACAAUGAAAAUGGCAUAAUCAAGAAAAGGAAGCUACAGCAUGUUGGUGAUGAAAUUCAGGGGGCGCAUCAGUCAAAAAAUAUGAGUUUAAGCGCAUCACUUUCUGAAGAAGGCAUGCCAUGUAAUUUAACCAACGAAGAAAAUACAAAUGAGGUGCAAGCAAAUUUCGGGUGUGACAUAUCCCAUUUAAAGAACUAUUCCAGCAUUGCCGAGAAAUCAAUGGAAAGAUUUGCUUCACUUAUGUCUUCUUUCAAAUAUAAUUCUUCUGGUUCUCGUGCCAGCGGACUCCGUGCUCCUCUGAGGGAUGUCCAAAACACAAGCUCGAGCAGGGCAAGGAUCUGCACCGCCAAUUCCAUCAAGCAUUCAUUUAACAAAAAUAAGAGAUAGCACUAAAUCAAACAAAGUUCAAGUUGGUCUGAUUUCUUUUUUGAACUGUGUAUGUGUGGUUCAUUGUUCUGUCCCAGCCCAAUUUUUGUGUUCAGCAGCAAAUCCUAUUGCUCACAAAUGCAUCUUUUUUCUGUCCUCUCCACCUGUAUCAUUUACUUCUCAUGUUGUGAAUUAGCAUCCAAAAAUGGUUGAGAGUACUUGAAUUUGAGCAUUAUCUUUUUAUUUGUAUCAGAACAUUGUGGCUCUGCCAUUAACUUCCAUUGUUCUCCAAUUUACCUUUUGUUUA